GCAUUCUCUCUGUUUUGCAGUUUGAUUCCCAGUGAAUUGAUAAUUACAAUAGACGUAGAGUGCAAACGCCAAAUGGUUCACUUUGUUCCUAGUUGCUAGUGCAUGAGUGCGAGCGUGCAUUCGUUCUGGAUAAGCAUUAUUUUCAAAGGGUGUGGUACAUCUUUCCGAGCAUAUAAUAAGAUGCAAUAAGGAAGCAAGAAAUUAGGCAAGCGUGUAGGUAUCGUUAGACUUUCCAAGUGUGCUAGUCGUACGCAGCUAUGUUUACACAGAAAGGGAAGGUUAAAGGUAGAUAGAUAGCGAAGGAAUAUAGAAGCUGCACGGGAUGGCAGAACCUAAACCGUUUAUAUGUAUCGAACUUUGAUCCCUUCUCUUCAUAUUCACCUGUGAGCCAAUCGAUCGAUCAUCAUAUUUUCACAACUUUAAUCAAUAUAUUGGAAGAGGAUUCUCCUUGUCCCGUAAUAAUUUUACCUUUUCAGCGUAAUUUUUCGCAAUAGAUUUAACAUAUGCAGACUGACUGGUGAUCGGCUUGGUAAUGAUGUAUCUUAGUCGCUACACACAAUCAUCACCGAAGAAGAAAAUUGAUCUUUGUCAGCUUUGCAACGUGGCCACGUUGGUCUGAAAACGAGAAUAUCCCGCUUGCCGGCUCUUAUGAGCUGGUAAUGCCCCGGUGGUCUAUAGCUAUCUGCUGUCUAUGUGAACUAAUGAAUCAGGAAACAAUCGAAUAUGCAACAUGGGAGAUAAACAAUAACUAUAUACAAUAAUGAUAAUAAACGCAGUAUAUUGUUAAACCGAUUUCCUUCCUACGUCUCCUGCAUCCCUCUCCCUUUUCCUCGGUACGAUCCAUUUAAAUGUACGGUAUAAAGAAUAUCAAUCGAUCGAAAUAAAUCAGAACAAUAGAAACACAAGCAGUAACUAUCAAACAAACAAAAGACUUGUCGUUAAUAGUGAAAAAUGGUGAAGCAUUUGUAAAAAAGUAACGAAAAAGCAAAACAAAAAUAUCAUAAUGAACCUCAGCUUGUAAGCGACCGGAAUAUCGACGAAUUGUGUGAGUUGAUCAGAGCCAGUAGAUGAUCUCGUUGUUAGCGAUACGCAAAUUUGUAAGCGAUAUGCGGCGCAGCUGACGUGCCGGAAAAAGAGAAAAGAAAGGAUCGUGAUGUGUUAAUGUGCAUGUUAAUGUGGUCGUCAUCGUUCUAAUAGCAGCCACUCCAAAACCGUCAAUGAUACAUGAAGAUAGUUUUGUAGCAUGUUUAAUCGUAUCCGUGUGCAUGUUUCUGAGUGUCUAAUCUGGUGCGUUGCGAUGCAUAUCACGAAUUUGCUGACCCAUUUCAGUGGAGGUCCGUAUUUACGUUCUGUAACUUGCCGGUUGAAUUUAGCUACAAGGAUAUAGUUACCUCAAUACCCUUUACCAGCAGCUUUUUGUCUUCACAAAUCACUCGAAUGAGUGGUCACAGCAUAUUAGCAACUUUUCGCUACUACUUGAAACGUGGCGAGUGAAACAUCAGUUAUUUGCUAAAUUCGCUAUUUGUUUAUUUUAAAUGUUGCCUGAAGUUUCCUCCUCUCCCUAGGAAAUUCGUUUGAACGUUGGACGGCAAGACGCUGAUUUCAAUAAUCAAUUCCCUUCUGUUGAAUAAAGUUGCUGGAGCAGUUGUAAGCAGUACAAACAGCCACUUUGUAUAACGAAAAUUGCAGCGAUGGUAGAAAAAGGCUACAGUUGCACCACCGGAGCGAAACUGAAUUCAAAACACGGCUCUACGAAGACACGCAGCAAAUGAAGAGACGGGUCACAUUGGGUUUCCCACUUGGAACUGAAAAGCAAAUCAUAAAGUGGCUUUUGGCACGUUAACCAUGGGCAGGACUGGCGGCAAUGCAAAGGACGAAAUAAUAAAUACAGUAAAAUGUUGAGAAAAAAAAAUCGGAUGAGAAAUAACCUCCCCUGAAUGGUCGGUCUACUUCAAGCGGUUGGGUGGGAUUGAUCACGUGCAUCAACGUAGGAAUGGUGGAGGAUCAUAGUGCUAAGAAUUGGGAGUUUAUGCAGGAGAGGAAUUUAUGAAAUAUUGUUGAGGAUGCUGAUGAUGAUUUUGGAAAAUCAAUAUUUAAAACCGUAGGGACGGGUCCGUAACAUGUAAGAAUAUUAUACAACCAACUUUAACGAGUAAGCCGUACGGUGAAGAUGGAUUGCUGGAGGACGGUAGGCUGCGGACUCCAAGGAGAAGGAAGAAGGAUGGCAAGAGAACGGCCAACGCAAACCUAACCAAAUUAUUAUAGCGCGAUAUAGCGGAACGGAAAAGACCCGUGUGUAGCAGUCGUAACAGUCGACUUUGCCUGUGUGCAUGUGUGUAUUAACGCUACAAUACUGCAAAAGAAUGAAAAAAAAACCAACAAAAUCAUUUCCCCAUACAAGGAGAAUUCUAAUUAAUGUGAAAGUACUUUUCUCGAAUGUAUUUCAAAUAAUAAAACAAAUCCUUACCAAACAACCGUCAGCAAUGUGUCGGUUCAAUUGAAUCCAUCCGUAGUGUUGCACGGUUGCCGUAAAGAGAAUCAAUGAAU